AUGCCCGCGCGCCGCCGCAGCAGCAUCGGCGCCGCCUCGCCCGACGCCCCGACGGCCGCGGCGGCAGCAGCGCCCGCGGCCAUGAUCCCGGCGCCCGUCGCACCCACGCCGCGCGGCCAGCCCAACCCCAACGUCAACUACGCGCAGCGCUUCUACGACUACAAGGAGCGCUAUGAGAAGGCCAAGCAGGCGCGCGUCGAGACCAAGGACAACCUAGCCAGGUCGGCCGCGAAGCAGGCCAAGCUGCAAGAAGAGCUCGACUACUUGAUCGAAGCCAUCGCCGAAGCUCGCGAGGCCAAGGCGCAGCAGCCCGCCUCAGCCGCUGCAUCGGCCGUGCGCAACUUGGCCGAGCAGCCGCCGCCGCCGGGUGCCGCGUAUGCUGGCCGGCGAAAGCGCGCACGCAGCGACGAGGAGGCUGCGACGGAGAAGCGGGUCAAGACGGAGUGA